AUUUUGAAAAAAUGCGAAAAAAAUCAAUAAGUGGAGUAAAUGAAUCUCAAAAAACAAGACAAAUUGUGUACCAACGGGGCAAUCAGAAAGAAGGAUCACCUCAUUAUAUAUUUCUUUAUUCGGAAGAUGAUCAAAGUGAGGAUGAAGACCAUUUUCCAUUAAAACAGAGAAGUCGAAAAUUAGCGUUGCCUCGUAAAAUUCAAGUGAUAAAUGUGCAAAUACAAUCAGAAGAUACUUUGCAGGCUUUAGCUCUUAGAUAUCAAUGCACAAUAUCAGAUAUAAAAAGAAUUAAUAGUAUAUACAAGGACAACGAAAUACACGCUUACCAAUCUAUAAAAGUUCCGGUACAACCGUAUUCUUUAUUGACCGAAUCUAUCGAUAGGACCAGUGAGAUUAAUCAGAUUGUUGACUUGACUCCGCCAGUUAUUGUUAAAGCUGAUCAUACAAUAUCUAGAGAAAAUCAGAUGAUCAGCUUAUUAACAAUUCCUGUAUUACCUUCGUCAUCGGUAGAAAUUAAUAGUAUAAUUUUAAAUUCGACGAUAGAACCAUUGUUGCAGUAUAAUAAUGAGUCUUCUCAAUUUACACAAGAUACAGAAGCUGUGAAAUUAAUAAAUUCAAUAGAAAGUCACGAGGUCAAUUCUAGUAAUAAUUUUGUAAAUAUAUUUAAAUGUUCAGGAGCUGAUUGGGCAUUGUCAUGGUGUCAGCUACUUUGUUUUUCUCUCUUUCUUGGUUUUGCCGGGCCAAUUAUUUAUGUACUGUAUAUUACAGAAUUCAAAGAUCACAGCUCUUAAACAAGAAUUAGUAAAUAGAUUUAAUAAUUAUGUUGUAAUAUUUGACAUU